CGUCGUCUCCAACCGAACGGCGCCCCGCUUUAUCAAGCAUCGCUUCCAUCGCCUGCAAGUCGAGUCGCUUUUCUUGCACUCUUAACCCCCCCCACACACACAUCCAACUAGCCCGUGCUGCUCUUCCGUCCCAUCUAAGCGAUCCUCGCCAUGGCCUAUCUCGAAGAACACCACGAAUCCCUCGGCUUUUCCGAGCUUAUCGACGAUGAGUUCCGACUGUUCGAAGACCCUUCCAAAGACGACGCUCUCCAUGCCGUCCAUCGCGCCCACAACUUUGACAAGCGUCCGGCUCACGUCGAUCCGCAAACCGGCGCCAUCAAGGCCACUGAGUAUCCUUCGCUGCCCCAGAUGCAGACCGAUACCGCUGCCUAUCUGACUGCCCAGCAAGAGGCCGGUGCUGUCCUUCCCGCGAUCUCGCCCAACACCUUUGCUGCUCUGUUCUCAAUGCCCAAUCUGCCGUCGCCGCCUCAGACUCCCGCCCAGUUCUUCCAUCACUCGGCCGCUGCCAUCAAGUCCAACCCACUCCAGGGCACCCCCAAUCCCGUCGCUCCAUCCAUGGUGGCCCCUGCCUCGAUCCAGCCAUCGAUUGUCCCUGCCAUCGUUCCGACGGGCGUUGCUGCCGCUGUCUCGCUGGACUCGGCCGUCUCGGCAUUUCCACCACCCCCUCCUCCGGCUGCAUUUUCUCCUGCGCCCAUGACCUUCUCUCCCGUCCCGCCCACGGCGUUUUCUCCCCACGCCGGAUUCCAUGCCUCCAUCCAUCCUGUCCCGUCGCCACACCCCGUCUUCCAUCCCCAGUCUCCCCUGCCGGUGAUGUACGCCCCCGGUGCCGGACACAUGCCUCCGCCCCUGCCUCCACAAUCGCCCGAUGUGAUGGCCCAUUCUCCCCUCGUCGCCACCCACCCGUCCCAAUCGCCACAUGUCCCUACCCACUCGCCGCUGGUGCACCCUCAGUCGCCCCAUAUCAGCCCCUAUCUCCACUCGCCCCACACCACCCCGUACGCAUACUCCCCCUAUCCCUACUACUAUCCCUACCCGCCCUUUUACCAUCACAUGUGCUCCUGUCCCCACUCGCAUUCGGACCACUCCAAGGAUUCGGCCUGCAAGAAACGCCGGCGCUCGUCGCUAAGUGUCUUUGCCGAAACCAAGGGUGCGGACGAUCGCGCCACCAGCCGGUCCCAGUCACCUUCGGAUGAAUCCAUUUCAGAAGGCGAGGAGCUCGAAGACGGCAAGGGCAAAGAGGACGAAGGCGAGAUUUACAAAUGUACAUUCAAGGGCUGCAAAAAGGUGUUCACUCGGCCGUACAACCUUAAAUCGCAUAUGAAGAUCCAUUCCGGUGAAAAGCAGUUCCAGUGCACCUUCUGCCCUUCAAAGUUCACUCGUGGGCAUGAUCUCAAGCGCCACAUCCGUCUGCACACCAACGAACGGCCAUUUGCCUGUCCCCACUGCGAUGAGCGCUUCUCGCGGUCGGAUGCCGUGCGUCGGCACAUUCAGAUCGAAAAUUGUGGCCCAGAGCGCAAGGAAAAGCUUGCUCUGCAGAAGCAGUCGUCCUCGCCCGAGACUCAGACCAAGCCUGUUGACCAGGAGUCGUCUGAUCGCGCCGAAAGCACUACCUCCGAUGCCGUCGAUUUGCCCCAGUCGAUCCCUGCUGUCGUGGCCACCGUCGAGACGGCUUGAGCCUUCUCUGGUCGCCGAAUCUACGAGAUGCACA